AUGAGUAAAAUACUGAAACUUACUUCAGUCGCAUGCUUGACCUCGGUAUUGGCCGGUGCUUCUUACAUGUAUGUCAUUAACAGAAAUGGCUACCAUUAUCAAAAUGCGACUUGGAAACGGGUCUCAGACCAUGUACAGGGCAUUUUAGACCGCAAAGACGAUCUCGUGGUGCACCAAAGAGGCCAAAAAGCUCAAGACGUGGUGAUCAGACCUAUGGGCGAGACUUUGAAAGACCUAUGGAAUGCACAAAUCAGAAGCAGUGUCGACUGGAUAUACUCGUGGGGUAAAUGA